ACCCGUAAGGCUUCCGGGUUUGGCGGGGCCUUUGUGUCUCGCUGUAGCCGGAACUCCAGGUGUCUUCUUCACUGCUGUGUGUCCUCUGCUCCUAGAGGCCCAGCCUCUGUGGCCCUGUGUCCUGCAGGUAUUGGGAGAUUCACAACUAAGACGCCGGGACCCCCUGGAAACUUAGAAAUGGGGCCGUUGCAAUUUAGAGACGUGGCCAUAGAAUUCUCUCUGGAGGAGUGGCAUUGCCUGGACACUGCACAGCGGAAUUUAUAUAGGAAUGUGAUGUUAGAGAACUACAGAAACCUGGCUUUCCUGGGUAUUGUGGUCUCUAAGCCAGACCUCAUCACCUGUCUGGAGCAAGGAGAAAAACCUUUGACUAUGAAGAAACAUGACAUGGUAACCAACCCCUCAGUUUUGUGUUCUCAUUUUGCCCAAGACCUUUGGCCAGAGCAGAACAUAAAAGAUUCUUUCCAUAAAGGGAUACUGAGAAGAUACGAAAAAUGUGGACAUGACAAUUUACAGUUUAAAAAAGGCUGUGAAAGUGUGGAUGAGUGUAAGGUGCACAAAAGAGGUUAUAAUGGACUUAACCAAUAUUUGACAACUACCCAAAGGAAAAUAUUUCAGUGUGAUAGAUAUGGGAAAGUCGUUCGUAAAUUUUCAGAUUCAAACAGACAUAAGAUAAGACAUACUGGAAAAAAACCUUUCAAAUGUAUAGAAUGUGGCAAAACUUUUAACAAGUCCUCAACCCUUACUACACAUAAGAAAAUUCAUACUGGAGAGAAACCCUACAAAUGUGAAGAAUGUGGCAAAGCCUUCAACUGGUCCUCACACCUUACUACACAUAAGAUAAUUCAUAGUGGAGAGAGACGGUACAAAUGUGAAGACUGUGGCAAAGCCUUUAGCCGGUUUUCAUACCUUACUGCACAUAAGAUAAUUCAUAGUGGAGAGAAACCCUACAAAUGUGAAGAAUGUGGAAAGGCCUUUAAGCGCUCCUCUAACCUUACUACACAUAAGAUAAUUCAUAGUGGAGAGAAACCCUACAAAUGUGAAGAAUGUGGAAAGGCCUUUAAGCGCUCCUCUAUCCUUACUACACAUAAGAUAAUUCAUAGUGGAGAGAAACCCUACAAAUGUGAAGAAUGUGGCAAGGCCUUUAAGCACUCCUCUGUCCUUACUACACAUAAAAGAAUUCAUACUGGAGAGAAACCCUACAAGUGUGAAGAAUGUGGCAAAGCCUUUAAGUACUUCUCAUCCCUUACUACACACAAGAUAAUUCAUACUGGAGAGAAACCCUACAAAUGUGAAGAAUGUGGCAAAGCCUUCAACUGGUCCUCACACCUUACUACACAUAAGAGAAUUCAUACUGGAGAAAAACCCUACAAAUGUGAAGAAUGUGGCGAAGCCUUUAAGUACUCCUCUUGCCUUACUACACAUAAGAUAAUUCAUACUGGAGAGCAACCCUUCAAAUGUGAAGAAUGUGGCAAGGCCUUUAAGUGCUUCUCUAUCCUUACUACACAUAGGAGAAUGCAUACUGGAGAGAAACCCUAUAAAUGUGAAGAAUGUGGCAAAGCCUUCAACUCGUCCUCACACCUUACUGCACAUAAGAGAAUUCAUACUGGAGAGAAACCCUACAAAUGUGAACGAUGUGGUAAGGCUUUUAAGCGCUCCUUUAUCCUUACUAGACAUAAGAGAAUUCAUACUGGAGAGAAACCCUACAAAUGUGAAGAAUGUGGCAAAGGCUUUAAGUGCUCCUCUACCCUUACUACACAUAAAAAAAUUCAUAUUGGAGGGAAACUGUACAAGUGUGAUAAAUGUGGCAAAGCCUUUAUUUCAUCCUCACACCUUAGUAGACAUGAGAUAAUUCAUGUGGAAGAGAAACAACAAAUAAGAAAAUGUGACAAAGCCUUUAAGGACACCUCUGCCCUUACUAGACAUAUGAUAAUUCAUACUGGAGAGAAACCCUGUGAGUUUGAUGAAUGUGGGAAAGCCUUUAGCCAGCUAUCAACUUUUACUAAAUAUGAGAAUUUAUAUGAAACAUAAACCCUACAAAUACAAAGAAUGUGACAAAGCUUUUAGGAAGUUCUGAACCCUUCUUACACAUAAUUCACACUGGACAAAAAUCGUACAAGUUUGAGGAAUGUGGCAAAGCCUAUAACAAGUUUUCAAUUUUUUUUUUUUUUUUUUUUUGAGAUGAAGUUUCAUGCUCAUCACCCACGCUGGAGUACAAUGCCAUGAUCUCGGCUCACUGCAAUCUCAGCCUCCUGGAUUUAAGCCAUUCUCCUGCCUCAGCUUCCUGAGUAACUAGGAUUACAGGUGUCCUCCAACAUGCCCACCUAACUUUUGUAUUUUUAGUAGAGAUGUGAUUUCAUCAUGUUUGCCAGGCUGGUCUUGAACUCCUGUCCUUAGGAGAUGCACCCGCCUUGGCCUCCUGAAAUACUGGGAUUACUGGCGUGAGUCAUGAUGCCUGGCCACAAGUUCUCAAUUCUUAAGAGACAUGGCGAUAAUUCAUACUGAAGAGGAAAUCUACAAAGCUAAAAAAUGUGACAGUGCUUUUACCAGAACCUCCAACUUCUCUAUACAUAACAAUAAUUAUACUAGUGUGAAACCCUAGAAAUAUAUAAAAUGUGUCAACGCCUUUAUAUGGUUGCCACACUUCAUUGUAGGUAGGAUAAUUCAUACUGGCAAAACUCCUACAAGUGUGAAGAAUGUGGCAAAACUUUUAAUCAGUUCUUAAACCUUAUUUCACAGAAAAGCUAGUAUCCUUGAAAAAAACUGUACAAAUAGAAGGAAUAUGGAAAACCCAUUAAUUCCUACUCACAUCUAACUCAACAUAAAAAGGUUCCUUUUAAUAAAAGCAUUAA